AUGUCUGCCUUUAGACCUAACAUGCGUCCCUCCAUGACCCCUAGGAGUGGUCCGAGAGCUCCGCCGGUAGGCCGUUUGGCGAGCCUCAAGGCUCCUACUCCGACUCCGAUUAAACGGCCUCAACCAAUCGCACGCCCCCAGGCCGCCAGGCCUACUACCCAUCCUAAGACCACUACAUGUCCCAAUCCUGGAUGUCCAGCUCCUCAUAUUGUGGAGGAUGACGGUCAAAAGGUUUGCUCGGGCUGUGGUACUGUCAUUAGUGAGGCAAAUAUUGUCUCCGAAGUCACUUUCGGUGAAACAUCAUCGGGUGCAGCGGUCGUUCAAGGAACGUUCGUCGGUGAAGACCAAACCCAUGUCCGCAGCUAUGGACCGGGCUUUCAACGAGGAGGUGCUAUGGAGAGUCGAGAAAUCACAGAACAAAACGGAACUCGUUAUAUAAACCAACUAAGUCGUGCUCUGAACAUCCCGGAGAGUGCCAUGAAAGCCGCUGGUCAAGUUUUCAAGCUCGCUGUCGGCUUAAACUUCAUCCAAGGUCGUCGGACGAAGACGGUUGCAGCUGUCUGUCUGUAUAUCGCCUGUCGACGACAAGAUGGAAACACUGUCAUGCUUAUUGAUUUUGCCGACGUACUGAUGGUCAAUGUAUUCAAACUCGGUCGAACCUACAAGGCCCUACUAGAUGAACUACGUCUUGGCGGUAAUGUCUUUUUGAUGAACCCGAUCGAUCCAGAGAGUUUGAUCUAUCGGUUCGCCAAGCAACUCGAAUUUGGGACUGCGACGAUGCAAGUUGCCAGCGAGGCAGUGCGCAUUGUUCAGCGAAUGAACCGUGAUUGGAUGACUACCGGUCGACGUCCGGCCGGUAUUUGUGGCGCUGCUUUGAUCCUUGCAGCUCGAAUGAACAAUUUUCGUCGAACCGUUCGUGAGGUCGUUUAUGUGGUGAAAGUCACCGAAAUCACCAUUAACCAGCGUUUGAAUGAAUUUAGCUCAACGGAGAGCGCUGAGCUUACGGUCGAUCAGUUUCGCUCUGUGCAACUGGAGAAUGCACAUGAUCCCCCUUCCUUUACCAGAGCCAGAGAGGGAAGAAAGCCAUCACGAAGCGUAAAAAGAAAGGCCUCGGACACCGCGGCUGAGAUCGAGGGAGACAUGCAGGACGCGACUCCUGCUGAGCCAAGGCGUCUUGAUGCUGAUGGCUUCGCUAUUCCUAGUCUCCCCAUUGACCCGGCGCUGACCACGGCGGACAGUGGCCGACGGCGAGCAUCAGUAACCUCUGUGCUCAACGAGGUUGUAUCGGAAGUUGGACAAGAAUCGGCAAUAGCAAAAUCGGCUCGCCCUGCUGCGCCCAAACGACCGAAGCUGCCGCCGCCAACCCCUGAUCAGAUUGCAUCGGAGGAAGCCCUUGAAAAUGAGAUGACGGCUCUAUUAUCGAAAGGCUCUAACAUGAUUGAGAGUGUGGCUUCGGGCCAGGAGCAAGAGAACAAAGUUUCUGACCGAGCAGAAAUUGACGCCUCCGAAUUCGAAGAUGAUCCUGAGGUCGCCAACUGUCUUCUAUCUUCAGCCGAAGUUGAAAUCAAAGAACGAAUUUGGGUGCACGAGAACAAGGACUACUUGCGGACACAACAAGCCAAGGCCUUGAAACGAGCCCUGGCGGAGGCAGACUCCCAGCCAGGAAUGCGUAAGCCUCGUAAACGCCGAAGGGGCAGGCUGGGAGACGUCACCUACCUUGAAGGGGACGGGGAUGAUGCGGAUGGCAGAAGCACCAGGGCAUCUACUCCGGCCGAAGCAACUCGUCGCAUGCUCGAACGCAGAGGGUUUAGUAAGAAGAUCAACUAUCGCCUUUUGGAGUCAUUGUUCGGCGAUGAAGGGGCCGACGAGGCUGCCAAGGCCAAGGCGGAGAGUAUGAGCAGGAGCCGGAGUCGAAGCCAGAGUGUGGCUUCACGCCGCAGUGCCAGUGUGGAACCGCGGGCGAUUUCACUGGCACCUGCCAAGCCUGCCGCCUCUCCCGCUCCCCCUCCGAGGCCCGCACAGUUUCCAGGGGAGAAACCCCUUCAGCCGGGAGUACAGGUUGGCAAAAUUGAACGCGCACAUACCAACGAGGAGGUGCUCGGACCAGCACCUGAGUCAGAAAAGAUUCCGGACGAAGAAAUGGACGACUACGACGACGAGGAGGAUGACUAUGAGGAGGACCCGGACGGUGUCGAUGCUGCCUUUGCAGGGCAGUAUGGCGACUACUACGACGAUGAAAGUGAUUAUGGCAGCGAUUAG